UUAUUUUCGAUUACGGUAAUUUAUUAGUUUGUUUUUUGCAACUCAUUUAUUUUCUCCUGGUGAUCGGAUAAAAAAAGUGCAUUACAAUAAUGGAAAGUGAAUUGAAAGUUUAAAAAAGAGACAGAUCGGUUAAUUUUUCUGCAGCAGAAACGCGUUUUUUGAUUGAAAUUUUUUGCCAAAUUUAUUUCAGUUAUUUAAAAUUAAAAAAAAACUGAUGCGGUAACAAACCAUGAUAAGGUGGAGGAGCAGAAGAUCAAAUCCUUGUUAACCAACAGAAGAGACAAUGAUUGUGUAUGUCCUCGAAAAUCGAGGGUUUGGACUUUCGAAAAGACAGCGAUGAGGUUACAGAGGUAGAACAUAUUCCAAUACAAUGUGAAUAACGUCCAAUAACAGUUAUGCAUCAAAAAUUUGUAAUAUGUGAGGCAAAUGAAUGUCAUUCGGCAUGGAAAAGUGUCGUACGUUGGAGUAAAUUACUACCAACAUUGCGUGAUUGGUUGAAUCAGAGCCUAGACAAAAGAAACUACCUACCUCGCAGCAAGACCCUUGGAAAAUAACUUGCGUUACAUCAACAACAUUGAAAAGGAUAUUCUAGACUAGCAUUCACAUUUUUUUUCAAAAAAAAAAAAAAAAAUUGUUCAAUAAAAUGUGUAAUAGUGCAGUGCAUAGAUCAUUUGAUGGAAUAGUGGAUCCGUUUUCAUUUUCAACUUUCCAUUUACUAAGGACUUGUAAUCGGUUAAUGCUUCCAACAGAUGUUCAAAACUACUACAGCAUAAUGAAAGACACAAACAAUUUCUCACACAACAGUCCCUUGAAGUCACCUUCGAUAUCAAUUGACAAGGAAUUGCAACCUCAACCACCUGAUAUAUUCAAUCAAAAUAUAGGUUCAAUGUUUCCGCAGAAAUUGACAGAAAAUGACAAAUUGCCGAUUGCAUUACAGCCCGUUUUGAACAUUGUCUCUAGCACAGGGAGCUGCUCCUCUCAAGAAUAUGAUUAUGGACCAACAACAGACUAUCCUCUGACUGAAUUGAAUCGUUCAGGUGUAUUUUCUUCAUUCUUACAACGGAGACCACGAGGUGAAAAAAGACCAAUACCAGACGAACAAAAAGAUGAAAAAUACUAUGAGCGUCGAAAACGCAAUAAUGAAGCAGCAAAGAAAUCACGUGACGCUCGAAAAAUACGUGAAGACAGAAUAGCUUUUCGGGCCGCACUAUUGGAACAGGAAAAUUCAAUUCUACGAGCACAAAUAGCUGCCUUAAGGAAUGAGCUGCAUUCUGUACGUGAAAUGUUUUCUAAUGGACCAGCCAGCAGGCAAUCUUAAUGACAUUAAAAGUACAGAAGAUGUCUGGUCUGAGGGUGUAGAAAAUAUUUUAAAGUGCAAUAAAUCUAUGUGAUUCUGUAUUAAUUAAUGCAUGACAUUUGUAAUGUUUGUUGUAAAUAUUUGUUGUUCUUAUGAAAAUUUAUUAGGUUAAGUUGGAAAAUAAAAUGUUACUGAGUUCAAACUUUUAGUA